UUUCUUCCUUCUGCUACGUUCCCCCCUAGCGGUCCGUCACUGCCAGGGGACAUAGAAGGAACAGAGACCAAAGUCUUGGUGGCUUUGGAGCCCGGGGACCAGCUCCCAGAGCCUCCUGGCAGCUGCCUUGGGGGCGCGGGGAGGGAGGUGCGGGUCUCUAAGCUACGAGGCGCUCACCUCCAGGGCCGUGGUGAGCCCUCUCCCAGACACACCUGCAGACCUUCACCGAGAACCCCACUCUCUAGGCCCACCCUGUGGGGCUCAGAAAGGAAUUUCACCUUUCACCCCAGCAGCUGUCCUGCCUUCCCCUCUGGGCCUCUGCCCUAGUUUCCGACGCCGAGGCCAGCUGUGUCGAGGGCCCAGCCCAGCUUCUGGGUAUCCCUCAGCAGAAAGAGAGGGACAUUCCGAACCUGCCUCUGGGGGCUGUGACCUCGCCCAAGAAUCCAGGGCCAGCAUCUGCUCUGGGGGGCAAGAUCGGAACGUGGGGAGGUGGCCUGGGGGCUGGGCUCUCCUCCCCGGGGGGGGCAGCAAGAUGCCGUAGGGCCCCCAGCUCCGUACUGAGGGUCUGGACCAAGACCCUGUACUCCACAGCAGGCGAGCUCUGGGCUUGGUCCUGGGAUACCCUUUUGACACGGUAAAGGUGCGGCUGCAGACCCAGACCACAUACCGGGGCAUCUUCGACUGCUUGGUUAAGACUUACCGCCAUGAGUCGCUUCUGGGCUUUUUCAAGGGAAUGAGCUUCCCCAUUGCGAGCAUAGCCGUGGUCAACUCCGUGCUGUUCGGGGUCUACAGCAACACGCUGCUGACGCUCACAGCGACUUCCCACCAGGAGCGGCGGGCCCAGCCUCCCAGCUACGCGCAUGUCUUCCUAGCUGGCUGCACGGGAGGUUUCGUGCAGGUCUACUGCUUGGCCCCUUUUGACCUCAUCAAAGUCCGGCUACAAAACCAGACAGAGCCGAGAGCGCGGCCGGGCAGCCCCCCGCCCCGGUACCGGGGACCCGUGCACUGCGCAGUCUCCAUCUGCCAGGAGGAGGGGCCCCGGGGCCUCUUCCGGGGAGCCUGGGCCCUUAUGCUGAGGGACACCCCGACGCUGGGCAUCUAUUUCGUCACCUACGAGUGGCUCUGCCGCCAGUCCACGCCAGAAGGACAGAACCCCAGCUCAGCCUCGGUGUUGGUGGCAGGGGGCUUCGCAGGCAUCGUCUCCUGGGCGGUGGCCACCCCCUUGGACGUGAUCAAGUCCCGGAUGCAGAUGGCGGGGCUGAAGCACAGGGUGUACCGGGGGGUGCUGGACUGCAUGGCGAGCAGUGUCCGGCAGGAAGGCCUGGGGGUCUUCUUCCGGGGGCUGACGAUCAACAGCGCCCGCGCCUUUCCUGUCAACGCCGUCACCUUCCUCAGCUACGAGUACCUCCUGCGCUGGUGGGGCUGAGCGUGGCCACGUAGUGUCCCCAGCUCCCCAGCCAGACCCCCGCCCCACCGCCCAGAUGCGAGGUCACGGGGAGCGCACCUGUUUGCUUCUCCAAUUGGAGAGACCGGGCCUUUCCUGAUGGGCAGGCAGGGGCAGAGGGCCGGGCCUCUGGCUCCUGCACUCCGGAACCCAGGGCAGGCUUCAGGCUCCCAGCACCACUUGCCUUGGCUCCCGUGCUCCCCAGGGCUGUGAAACACACUCAGUGGCCCCUGGUGCCUGUGACAUUUGGCCUGACCUGUGACUUCACCCCUCAGAGAGCUCUCAGAGCCGGCUCUCCUGGGCGCUAACGAUCCCCUGGAUUCCAGCACCGCAUCCUCACCCAUCCCCCUCCUGCUCCCCCAAACUGGAGAGCAGCCUUCUCUCCCCUGCUGGUCCAGAAUCCUUCAGUGGCUCCCUUGGCCAGUGGGGAAAAGCCCCACCUCCCCCACCUCUUGGGCCCUCUCCUCUCUGGGGCUUGGGUGGCCCUUGAUCCCUCCGGGCCAGCAGAGGGCAGCGCUCCCCUUGGCUAAGCCUGCUCCUUGGCCCAGGCAGAGCACUGUCUGCCAGAGUCCUUCCUGACAAGCAAGGGAGUUCCCCCUUGCUCCCCACUGGCUGUGGGGUUUUCAUACCACCCCCAACACCCUCCUUUAUUCCCCAACCCUCGCCCUGCCCCCGAUCCCUCCCACAUCCCACCACAUGCCCCUAUCACAGGCCCCGGUUUCUGAUUCGCUCCUCAACCUGGCCCCAUGACACAGGGAGCUCCUUGAGAUCAGGGGUCAGACUUCUGUUCCCCCACUCCGGCCAUGACACCUGCUUCCUUUGUCCUGUCCCCCCAUCUUAGGUUUUGCCUGCCUGGCCCCUCUCAGAGUGGUCCCAGAAGUCAGGGGCCACUCCUCCCCGGGGUGUCUCCUGUCCCACCCUCAUUGAUGGCACUUGUGUUCUUUACUUGUCUCAAUUGCUAAGUGGCAAUGACAAGAAGGUUUGCUUGAUUGGCAAUAAAGCUGAGCAGAGUUUGUACCUACUAAUGUCUCUAUCUGGUCUGAGAUCCACCUGGGCCCACCUUAUGGUGACCUGAAUGCCCAGAAUUCUUGCCAUUUACUGGGGGCUCCCUCUCAAAACCAUCACAAUAGGGGCACCUGGCCGGCUUUUUCAGUGGAACGUGAG